CGGCCUAUGCACGUUGCGUGGUGUCACUUUUGAUUCUCCCUUUGACUGACUCCUUCUCAUCAUGUGCGACCUCGACGACAUCUGCGGCGCCCUCAUCUGCGGCACCUUGUGUGGCUGCUGCUGCGCCGCUGCCGCCGACGACAACCGCCGCCAACAGCAGUAUGGCCAACCUGUGAUCGUGCAAACGGUGCAACCGGUGAUGGUCCCGCAGCAGCCUCAGUACGGCCAGCCUGUGUAUGCACAACAACAACAAUACGGGCAACCUCAGUACGCCCAACAACAACAGUACGGCCAGCCUCAGUAUGGCCAGCCCCAAUACGCUCAACCUCAGUAUGGCCAACCCCAAUAUGCUCAACCGCAGUACGGGCAACCGCAAUUCAACGGUCAAAACGCUGGUUACCCCGGUAGCAAGAUUUAAAAGUCCACGAUACAUCCACGUGUAUUUAUUGAUUUCACACUCAAAGAUAUCGUCGCAUCCGUGUCGAGCUAUGAGCAAGUAAAUACGCCUGAACUCGUAAAGCCCG